UAUAGAAUUUCAUCCCAAACAGAUCGGCCGCGAACAUGAUGAGGCCGCAACGUCUAAUCGGUCUUACUGCCUGAGUCGCUGACCCCGAUAAUGAUGCACGCAUAGUCAGUCGCUCACUGAUGAUCCCAGAACCGAUGGACAUCCCGGCUUUCCCGGCGCCACCAUCCUUUCUCAGUGUCUCGGUCUCGCGCUCCUUACCACCGGAUGGCCAAGCGAUGCGCCGGCGCAGCUUCGAGUUCCCCAGACGGAGGCCGCGCUCGGCGAGUUGGCUUCCGACCCGGAGGCACACACGUCGCUGCCGCGAACGAACCAACCACGUCCAGCCGUUGGGUGCGAGAAUCGCGCCCAGACUUCACCGAUCACCCCGAUCCCAGAAACCCGGGCCCGGAUUUCGCAUGGCUGCCGAGGACGAAGGUCACCGGGACGGGGAGCCGACCGGCGGACACGCGGACAUGCCCAACCGAACAACCAGGGAUAAUAGAUGUUCAAGGAUAAUCAAAGAGAAUCAGGUGGAUGAAUCUGACAUCAUUUGCUGUGAAACUACCGAAGUGAAUAAUGGUUAUUCACAAAAAAGAAAACCGGUGAUGAUAUCAAUAGUAUGCGAUCGAAUGCGACCAAUUGAACUGGAAGAAGCACAGAAUUCUGGAUUGGCAGUAAAAAUGCAAAAGAUUUUCAAAUCAGCAGAAUCCCAGACAUCCGACAGAAUUUUGUACAGAUUGAGAGUUUUUCCAACCCUCAAAGAUAUAGUCGAUGAAAAUAAAAUCCUUGAUCCGAAAAAGUCAUCUAGAAUAUUUCGAUAUUUUCGAUUUCUUGGUCGCAUUGCCUUAUGUCAAUUUGGUCUCGCGUGGCUGCUCACACUCUGGACCAUCCUCGGAGCAGGCGCUUUCUAUAUUACGGAGAGUCCACGAGAGCUUCAUCAGGUCAUCGAGCUCAAGGAUAUGCAGCGCGACCUGGCCGUUGGCCUUGCGACAGAAUUACGACAACUGCGCGCAAACGACGAGGAGACAGAACCUCUGUGGAGCGCUAAAGUGAGGCAGUACGUGGCGAGGCACGAGAAGCUCCUCCUCGUCGCCGUGAGCUCCGGCUACGGCGAGGGCGGUGACAACGGACAGCUUUGGACAUUCCCCGGCUGUGUCCUCUUUGCCGUGUCCGUAAUCACGACACUCGGCUUUGGCGCUCCGGUGCCGCGAACAAAUGCCGGUCGCACGGUGGCAGUAAUAUUUGCAGCUAUUGGUAUUCCCGCCCAUUUUCUCCUGAUGCUGAACAUUGGGCUGCUCCUUGCUGUUGCCCUUAGGAGAUACAGCAUCGCCAAAAAAUAUCCGUCCGAGUGUAGAGAUUCAACGACAAUGGACUCCAUACCUAUGCCUACGUGGGUGAAAGUCCUACCUUACAUCGCAAUGGGCGCAUACUACAUUUUGGGCAUCCUGUGCUUUGGUGCCGCUCGACUAAAGCCCUUCUCCGAGAGUCUACUUUUCCCCCUGGAGUUCACGGCAGCCGGUGGACUGUCGACGAUAGUCGGUUACGUGCGCAUACUCUACAGCAUUUAUCUCGAAGGUGCUGUCACACUCGCUGCAAUAGCGGUUGCUGUGCUCAAGGUCUCGGCCACGCAGAGCCUAACCAACAUAGGCUUGAAGUACGGGCUGCUUGUGCCUGCAUAAUCUUGAACU